CCGGUAGCCCAACUAAACCACGAGUGCCUCUAUCGUUUGGCGACGCGGCGCGGCGAGCCUCUUGCGGCGGCGAUGCACUCCCGUGGCGGAUCGAAGAGGCGGCGGACGGAUGAGGGGGCGGAACAACCCGAUGCAGGCUCGCUGAAACCCGAGGCGGAGACGGGGAAGGAUUCUACAACGGCGCUGCUGCUCGGCGCUUCGUGCUCGAAGAAGCGGCGGGCCGGCGGGGUGGCGGAGGGAGGACAAACCGAAGCGGCGCCUGAGGUGGAGGACCGCAUCUCGGCGCUGCCCGAGGAUCUGCGGCUGCGCAUCCUGGCCCUGCUCCCGCUCAAAUCCGCCAUCCGCACGGGCGCGCUCUCCUCGCCGUGGCGCGCGCUCUGGGCGCGCCGCUGGCCCGCGCCGCCCUCCCUCGACCUCCUCCUCCUCCUCCCCCUCGACGACCCGGACCAGCUGCUCGAGUCGCUCGAGCGCCGCGGCCGGCGACGCCUCGACCGCUUCGCCCUCACCGUCCACUGGUUCCCAUAUCCCCACCGCUUCCUCGGCGACAAGGACGUCCACCGCUGCCUCGACUACGCCCCCGCCUGCGGCGUCGAGGACCUCCACAUCGAUAUGGCCGAUCAUAUGUGGAGGACAUGCCCCAGCAGUCUGCGCUUCCCAUCGGGGUUCUCCCGCCUCGUGCGCCUCUCCCUCCUCCGCGUCGGCAGUGUUUCCUUCGGCUACCCCCUCAGCUCCGACGCCUUCCCGGCGCUCGAGGUUAUCCACCUCCGCUCCGCCCGCUCGGUUGACCUCAACCGCCUUCUCUCGGUGAGCCCCCGCCUUCGAACACUUGACGUGCGCUACUGCCAGUCCGUCGAUACUGACGGAGACGCCAUCGACAUCGGGGCCGCGCAGGGUCACCUGAGGAGCCUUACCGUCGCGGAGUGCAGCAGUGUCAGUCACAUAUACGCCGGCACGGCCUCCGGCCUCCGGCCUCCUCUCCCUCCGCCUCAGCAGUGCCUUACUCCCCACCUACGACAUCCUGUCCACUGCGCCGCUUGAAGACCUUCACAUCUGCCUACGGGGCCGUAGCUGCAAUCCUCUCAAACAAUGGAUUCAGGCGCUUCCCAACCUCACAAACCUCACAGUCCUCACCAUCUGCAGCAUCGCCCUCCGGAGAGUUUAUGCGUUGGCUCGUUUCGGCUCAGCUACUUGUUUGACCAAGUUGAGGAAAUUGCCAAGCUUAAGAGAGCUGCAGCUGCUCAUGUUUGCAACGGCCAGCACCAAUCUCGCUCAUAUCUAUAUGUUUCUCAGGACGUGCCGUUGUCCCCAGCUAGAGAGGCUCUUUGUGCAGCUCCCAACAAGCAGGCGUGAUACUUUUGUCGGCAGUUCCUCGGAGGUAGUAGCGGAAGAUGAGCCAGCUGAAGUUUCUGAGGAAGAUGAGACAGAGGAAGAAUUAUUGAAAGAAGAACAGGUACAAAAAUAUGUGCUAGAGGAAAAGCUAUUUUACGAGGAUGUGUAUGAGGAAGAUCCUCUUGAUGAAAAUGUGCCACUGGAAGAGCAAUCCGAGGAAGAUGUGCCAGAGUAUGGCUUGAGAUUCUAUUUCUUUCUCUCUACACUAUGUACUUACUUUUCCGGCUAUGCGAGAGAGAGUCUUUAUCUUGGGUCUAUAGGCACAAAUAACCUUAUGAUUGCAAAGAUGAUGAAAUUCAAGGGCCACUACUUUGAGAAGCGACUCGUAAGCUUCUUGUUGAGGAAGGCUCCUGGUCUCAAGAAACUGCUACUGGUCGCUCCCAAGGGGCACAUAAAAGCACUGGGAAAAGACACAUUGGAUAUAUCACAUUUUAUAGAUUCAAAUUUGCCAUGUUCCAGGAAAGUUUCACCAGAUGCUCAGAUAAUUCUAAGCCAAACAGAUUUUGCUGCAAGCCAGCCAGUCCAUUCAGAUGUGUUUGCCAGGUUUUAGUUUUCUGUCAAUUGAAGUAUAGGUCACAGUUAAAAGCUUAUCCAGUGGUGUGCAUUGCGAAUGGAUUGAAUAUGUUGCUAGCUUUUUAUCUAUGUUUUCCCUUGAGGCCUUGAAAAUAGUACUGAGCAUGUUUUGCCAAUACAGAUGUGCUUUUGGGUCAUUAUGUAUGAAAUAGAGAAGGAAGACAGCGAUAUUGUAGUGUGGACUGCAGACACAAUAUUGGUGUGGCAGUGUCGCACACCGUGAGGGAUCAGGGAGUUGCAUCUUUAAACUUUUUGUUUUGCUACUUGAGCCUAUCAUUUUUUCCAUAUUUGUUAAGUCACCUUUGUUUUUCUUUUGCACAAGUCUUCUGUUCUUGAAGAAGACUUGGCUAUCUUGAAUUGUUUCAUUUAUAUGUGUACAUUGUCCCUCUUGUUGUUUGCUAAUAACAGACUGAUUGGGAUUCAGUACAA